AUGGAAGGCAUCAAUUCGCAGCAAGAGGUGGUUGCGACUGAAGAACUCGAUGAUGCGGUUGGAUUGGCUAUUUCAGGCGAUGAUCCGGUUGGAUUGGCUAUUUCAGGUGAUCGUAAUCCAGCUGAUCAGGACUUGUUAGGGAUGUCAGUGAGUUCUAUUGAUGAAGCAUAUGAGGUUUAUAAUGAUUAUGCUUUCAGGCUAGGUUUUAGUGUGAGGAGGGGUAAGCAAAGAUAUAGUGCUGGUACAAAACAAUUGACGAUGAAGGAGUUUAAUUGUUCAAAGUCUGGGUUUAAAAGGGUUUUAAGAAAUGGACGUUAUUUAAAAGUUGAUGUACGGACAGGUUGUCGUGCAUCUGUUCAAUUUGAUUUAGAUGGGAAUGGGAUGUGGACUGUGACAAAGCACCAGAAGCUUCAUAAUCAUGAGUUUGUUCCAACGACCAAGAGUUAUCUUCUACGGUCACAUAGAUCAGUGUCUAGAAAUCAUCUUUCCUACCUAAAGGAUUUGAAGAAGAGCGGUGUUUGUGUGGCUGAUGGUUUACGGUUUCUUAAAACACAAUCAGGGGGGUCACCACUCGUUGGUUUUACAAGCAGGGAUGCAUAUAACUCGUUGUGCACUGAUGUAUUGAACAAUUUGGAUGGAACCGACUCAAACACAUUAAUUGAAAUAUUUAGAGAAAGGCAGUCAAGUGAAAAGGAUUUUUACUUUGAUUUCGAAGUGGAUGAUGAGUCAAGGUUGUGCAGCUUUUUUUGGAGAGAUGGGAAAAUGAUGCGAGACUAUGAAUUGUUUGGAGAUUUGUUAGUUCACGAUACGACGCAUCGUACUAACAAAUAUGAUAUGAUUUGUGGUCCAUUCGUUGGUAUGAACCAUCACUGUAUGAACAUCAUGUUUGGAUGUGGUUUUUUGUUGAACGAGAGGAUUGAGUCGUUCGUAUGGUUGUUUAGGUCAUUUUUAAGAUCAAUGAAUGGGAAAAGUCCCUAA